AGAAACUCAACCGAGAAAAAAAAGAAAGGUAUAAUGGCAACAUCUCUCAAGGCUGUCUUCUUCCUUGCCUCGGCUCUUUGCUUCUUGUACCUCCUUGGCAUUGCUCAUGCCGAAGCUCCCGAGCACUUCUUCGUGGAGGGAAAGGUUUACUGUGACAACUGCCGCGUCCAGUUUGUAACCCGGAUCAGCAAGUACAUGGCAGGAGCAAAAGUGCGAUUGGAGUGCAAAGACCGUGAAGGCGGGCAGCUGACCUACGCCGUAGAUGGUGAGACCGACGCGUCGGGGAGCUACCAUCUUAAGGUGGAGGGAGACCAUGAGGAGGAGGUCUGCGAGGUUGCACUCGUAGAAUCAAGCGACCCUGAAUGCGCUGAGAUCAACAAGGAAAAUUACCUUAGGAAGGGUGCUCGGAUUGUCCUCACCAAAGACACUGGCAUAAGCUCGGAUCGUCGCAGUGCCAACCCUCUUGGAUUCAUGGUAAAGGAUCGUCUGCCUGAGUGCACUGAAGUCCUCAGAGAAAUCGGAAUCACCGCUGCUGGCUUCGUAUAAAGGACAUUCAUUAAUGGCAAAACAAAGUGAAAGUUCAUCUGCGUAUUCAAUAAAUUGAGCCCUUUUUUUGACAUGUCACACUAAGGACAACCCCCUUAGUUAUGAAAUGAAACUAGUACUCCUAUUUAUCAUAGUUGGUGAGUUUUGCGAGAAUAGUUUCCCAAAAAGUCUGCUGUCGUCUUCCCUCGUAUAUUUAUAUCUUGCAUGUAAUGUGCUUAUUUGUUAAAAAAAAAAACCUUUAUUUUUCAUGCAAUUCAUGUGGGAUUCUAAUAAAUAGAAAAUUUGCGUAAAUCCAAACUUGACAGAUUCUAUUGAAAUCUAGUACCAAUAGAUCACCUACUCUUCCAAAACCAAGUCUGCUCUACUUUGAGAUUGAUAGAAACACGGUUUUCCAGCCACCAAGCAAAUAAGAAAGAUGGGUUAUCAUAAAGGAGAAUAAGGUGAUCAUGAUUCUUUUUUUCUCGGGAUUAUUAGUACACAUGAUUGUGCCUAAUUUUUGUAUAUAAAUUUGAAUAACUUUAACAGAUUUGCAGUUCUAGAUUAAAAGCAUCAAAUUCGGUUUUGUUUUUUCCGGCCAGUAAAGUAGCUCUGGAAUCGUAUACGACGGCUGAAACGAG